AUGUCUUAUUCGUAUCUUUUCAAAUACAUCAUCAUCGGUGAUACAGGUGUUGGUAAGUCGUGCCUGCUCCUACAGUUCACCGACAAGCGCUUCCGACCAGACCACGACUUGACGAUAGGAGUUGAAUUCGGUGCUCGGUUGGUCAAUGUUGACGGCAAACAGAUCAAGCUCCAAAUUUGGGACACAGCGGGACAGGAGAGUUUCCGCUCAAUAACGAGGAGCUAUUAUCGUGGAGCCACCGGAGCUCUCCUGGUGUAUGACAUCUCAAGACGAGACACCUUCAAUCAUCUUACUCGCUGGUUAGAGGAGGCAAGGCAGAACUCUAAUCCCAACAUGGUCAUCAUGCUCAUCGGUAACAAGUGCGAUCUUGAGAGACGUGAAGUCUCUUACGAUGAGGGUGCCAAAUUCGCUAGAGACAAUAAUCUGAUAUUCUUGGAAGCAUCGGCGAAGACAGCCCAGAAUGUGGAGGAGGCAUUCCUCCAGACUGCCAGGAAGAUCUACGAGAAUAUACUCGCUGGUGUUUAUGAUUUAUCUAACGAGGUGAGCAAUGAAUAUUCAACAUUGAACUCUGCCAACUGA